UGUAAAGCUACCACAGUAUCCUACUCCUCCCGCCUCACAAAAAAGUAGCUCCGAACCCUCUCUCCAAACACUCUCCAAACCCUCUCUUUUCUCUAACUCAGGCGAUUGAAGAGAGAGAAGGAAAAGGUCACUGAUUGUAUGGAUACCAUUGUUCAAUCACCUUGACUUAAAAUCCACCCAAAGAUGGCGGAAUUGAGCUGGAAACACCACACGCUCAUACAAGCUUUGAUGUCUAGUGGUCCAUUGAAGGAAUCGGAGUUGCUUUCUAUCUUCGGCUGCAUCACUGGAAAAAAUCCAGGUAGCCAUCAACAACUAUUCAACGAAUAUCUUCGCAAGAUUAAUAAGGAGUUGGCCUAUGUGCAAUUUGAGUUGCGGGGGUGCAGAAACCAAUAUGAUGGCUCGGUUUAUUAUGGUGUGGUCAAUAAUGUAGCCGAUGAACAAUCCAAACUAGGAACGAAGUAUUCGGUUCCUCAAAUUGCAUUCUAUAAGGCUGUUAUAGAGGCAAUUGUGCAAGAUGCAACAGCUCAGGGUUGCAUAUCCAAUAUCGAAGCUCUUAACGUCAGUUUGGAUAAUCAGACAGUGCAGGAAUCGCAGGGAGGUCAAUCUCACAUUCCUUCCGCCCUCAAGAAUUUCUCAAUAUAUCAGAAGGAAAAAACUCUCAAGGAUCUGGUGCAGGAUCGAUGGUUGAGCGCUCCCACCAAUGGUAAUAUUGGUCUUGGUGUGAGAUCUUUUCUUGAUCUACGAAGUUGGUUUCGGAACAAUGAUGUUCCUUCAUGCAAUAUCUGCAACGAAGCUGGAGUGAAGGCUGAUCUGUGUCGCAACGAAGGCUGCACUGUAAGAAUGCACAGCUACUGUCUAAAGAAGAAAUUUUCUCAGAGAAAGGUUGAUAGAGCUUGUCCGGGCUGUGGCACCGAAUGGCAGUGUCCAGAGGCGAAUGCAGCAGAGGCAGCAGCCACGGAAGAAGCAGGCUGUGGCACUGAAUGGCAGUGUCCAGAAGAGAAUGCAGCAGAGGCAGCCGAUGGAUCCACUCAAAACCAAGUGCCAUCCGCCAGCUACCCCAAGAAAAGGAGGCUCAGAAGCUUCAAAGUUGAAGAGGAUGUCUCUCAAACCUCCGAACCAGUACCGGAUGCAGGAAAGAGAGUACGAAGAUCAGACCGUCUACGGUAAAUCCGGUCAUUGGCAUGCUUUUGAUAGAGAUUUCUUUCCAUUUAGACCGGCAUCUAGAUCUUGGAUCAGUGAUCGACAUAUGUAAAUGAACAGUAGCUCCUUUCUGUAUUUUUGGACAAAAGCAGAGCUGUCUUGAAUCAGCUGAUCAAUGGAUGGAAAUGAACUGCGAAAUUUCAGUUGCUGUU